AUGGCCACUUUCUCCUCGACCCCCAUCGUCAUUGAUGGCAAGGGCCAUCUUCUGGGUCGGCUGGCUUCAAUUAUCUCGAAGCAGGUCCUCAACGGCCAGAAGAUUGUCGUUGUCCGGUGCGAGGAGAUCAACAUCUCGGGCAGCUUCUUCCGCAACAAGCUGCGGUACCACAACUUCCUUCACAAGCGCCACAUUGUGAACCCGAAGAAGUCUGGCCCCUUCCACCACCGCGCGCCCUCGAAGAUCCUCUACCGGGCCAUCCGCGGCAUGGUCCCGCACAAGACUGCACGCGGUGCGGCAGCUCUCGAGCGCCUCAAACUCUACGAGGGUGUUCCCCCCCCUUACGACCGCAAGAAGCGAAUGGUUGUCCCGGAGGCUCUGCGAGUCUUGCGAUUGAAGCCUGGCCGCAAGUACUGCACAGUCAAGCGUCUGUCUCACGAGGUUGGCUGGGGCUACAAGGACGUUGUUGACCGUCUGGAGGAGAAGAGGAAGAUCAAGGCUCAGGCCUUCCAUGAGCGCAAGCUCGCAGCGAUCAAGCUGCGUCAAAAAGCCGUCGCAGAUACCGCAUCAUCCUUCGAGAACCUCACUCAGCUCGGCUACUAG